AUGGAGCUCCACUGGGAGUGUGCAGAAGAGUACAAGACGGUGGUGACGCCGCGGCGGGCGGCGGUGGCCAUCGGCGGCUGCUGGCUGGUGUCGCUGCUGGUGGGGCUGACCCCCAUGUUCGGCUGGAACAACCUGAGCGAGGUGCGGCGGACUCAGGAGCCCAACGGCAGCCAGGCUCCCUUCGUCAUCAAGUGCCGCUUCGAGACGGUGAUCAGCAUGGAGUACAUGGUCUACUUCAACUUCUUCGUCUGGGUGCUGCCGCCGCUGCUGCUCAUGCUGCUCAUCUACCUGGAGGUCUUCAACCUCAUCCGCAAGCAGCUCAGCAAGAAGGUCUCCUCCGGCGCCGGCGACCCCCAGAAGUACUACGGCAAGGAGCUGAAGAUCGCCAAGUCCCUGGCGCUGGUCCUCUUCCUCUUCGCCCUCAGCUGGCUGCCCCUGCACGUCCUCAACUGCAUCACCCUGUUCUGCCCCUCCUGCCAGACCCCCCACAUCCUCACCUCCAUCGCCAUCUUCCUCACCCACGGCAACUCGGCCAUGAACCCCAUCGUCUACGCCUUCAGGAUCAAGAAGUUCCGGACAGCCUUCCUGCACAUCUGGAACCGAUACUUCUGCUGCAAGAGCAACAAGAGCGGCAGCCCCGAGGCCCAGCAGGGCGACUAGGAGCUGCCGGGGGGCAGAGAGAGGGCACCGAGGA